AUGUCGUUUUUGAGUCCGUUCUUCCGUAACCCGAUAACCGAUCUCACAGGUCCAAUAAUGUCUGCGCAGACGGGCGUACGCUGUGCAGAUUUUGAAAUGAAAUUGAUGAACUGUUACGAGGCCUACGGGUAUCCAAAAGGCAUGGAAUUAUGUCAAGCGUACUAUGACGAUUUUAAAGAAUGUUGCACAAGAGAUAAACAGAUGUCUCGAGUACAAGCAAUUCAAAACGAACGUGAGCGUCAAGCCAAACCUGAGUACGAAAAACCCCCAGCAAUGCACGCAUUUUAG